AUGGCGUUAGUACUGGCUUAUUUUCAGCCGAAUGAAGAGAAAAAACACAACAACAACAACAACAACAAUAAUAAUAAUGACGCCGUUAAAGAUGCUCUCGAUGAUCUUUUGAAAAAGGAUGAGUUUUGGCAAUGGCUGACAAAAUGGACAGCAGCUUACAUUGAAGUUUUGAAUGAGAACAUCGAUCGUCUCGUGAAAAAGGAAGUUGCGAAACAAAUCCGUAAAAUAAAAGAAGCUAAAAUUGAUAAACAGAAAGCUGCGAAUGUCACAGCUAAUAAAGAUGUUGGUGGGAAAAACCAAACCGCAACUAAUAGUACUCUGGCAGAACAGAACAAUGGAACCGAUAAGAGCAGUCCAAUGAAAGCAAAUAGUACAGAAACUCCGGACCAAAGUAAAAAUCAUACAAACGUACACAAAACUCCGCCUAAACUAAAUUCCAACACGAUAUACGGGAACGCUAUAGACAGUGAUCACGUGACAAAUAUAUUUAUAUUUUACCCAAACACAGCUAACGAUACACGUAAAGAACUAGAAAAUGUACCGAACAAAACUAAGGAUGGUGUUUUGAAGAGUCCAAUAAAUAGUACUGAUGACAAUGUUGCAACAAAACCAAGUUCUUCUGACGGAACAAAACCAAAUCCUUCUGACGGAACAAAACCAAAUCCUUCUGACGGAACAAAACCAAAUCCUUCUGACGGAACAAAACCAAAUCCCACUAAUGGAACAACUGCCGCACAUUCUACAGAUAAGAAGAAAGACCCUGUUCCGGAAUCUACUACUGCUGAAAGUUCUUCUCCUAACAAUAAUUCUACUCAAAACCCAAACAGUAAUGUAGCCAACAGUGAUGUAGCCAAUAGUACCGUAGCCAACAGCACUGUAGCCAACAGUACUGUAGCAAACAGCACUGUAGCCAACAGUAAUAUAGUCAAUAGCACUGUAGUCAACAGUAAAGUGGUCAACAGUAAUCUAGCCAAUAUUACUGUAGCCAAUAUUACUGUAGCCAACAGUACAGACAUAAGUAAUAAGGAUACACCAACUAAAACGGAACUAAGCAGUAACACUGCUACUCCAACAUCUGUAACUCCAAAUGUAUCCAGCAAUCCCGAGGUUUCCAGCACUAAUGGAACAACAACCAGCAACGAUGCAGCCAAAGCUACAACUUCCGAUACUGCAAAGCCUGUAACUCAGGCCACGUGA